CGCACGGAACAGACGUGUCACUGCCUCCGUAACCCGCCGUACCCGCGUCCGCUACCUCUCGUAGUUUACUCCAAAGUUUCACAUAAACUGGGACUUAAUUAUCUGUCCAUAUGGUUCAUCUCGUAGAUAUAUUUCGUUCAGCGAAAGUUGAAUACCCGCCGCCUGUUAUUAUGAACCGAGCAAUACAGGUGAAGCCGGCGGACAGCGAAAAUAGAGGAGAUCGGAAGCUGUUCGUGGGCAUGCUGAGCAAACAACAGACCGAGGAGGAUGUCCGGCAACUGUUCACGCCCUUCGGCACUAUAGAGGAGUGUUCCAUACUGCGCGGACCCGACGGCGCGAGUAAAGGCUGCGCAUUCGUAAAGUUCAGCUCACAUCAAGAGGCGCAGGCGGCCAUCACAAGUCUGCACGGCAGUCAAACUAUGCCGGGCGCGUCCUCAAGCCUGGUAGUGAAGUUCGCAGACACGGAGAAGGAGCGGCAGCUGCGGCGCAUGCAGCAGAUGGCCGGCAACAUGAGUCUUCUCAACCCCUUCGUGUUCAACCAGUUUGGCGCCUACAGCACCUACGCGCAGGUCAUCACGGAGCAGCAACAAGCAGCCCUGAUGGUAGCAGCGACGGCGCAGGGCUACAUCAGCCCGAUGACGGCGCUCGCGUCGCACGCGCUCAACGGCAUGGCCAACUCCGUGGUGCCGCCCGCCUCUGACAACUUCUCCGGUCUGGCGAUAGGCACAGGCGCGCAGCCGUUGAACGGCGCGCUGCCAUCGCUGCCGUCGCCCACCAUGCCGGGCUUCAACAUGGCGGCCCAGACGGCCAACGGGCAGCCGCCGCCGCAGGAUGCCGUCUACACAAACGGGAUACACCAGACCUUCACUGGACCCUAUCUGAGCGUCCCGCUGCUGGGCGAGGAGCGAGGCGUGAUAUCGCCGAUGUGCGCUGAUCUCACGAAUGUUGCAGCGGUGCCCGUGACGGCGCAGGGCUUGCCCAACGGCGAGGCGGCGCUGCAACACGCGGGCUACCCCGGCAUGCAGCCGUUCCCUGGCGUCGCCUACCCGGCGGUAUACGGCCAGUUUCCGCAGCCCAUCCCGCCGCCGAUGUCCACCAUUGCGCCCGCGCAGAGGGAAGAUUUUCUUAUGUUCCCAGGGUGCUCGAUCUCCGGCCCUGAGGGGUGCAACCUUUUCAUCUACCACCUGCCGCAGGAGUUUGGGGAUGCGGAGCUGAUGCAGAUGUUCCUCCCGUUCGGGAACGUCAUCAGCAGCAAAGUGUUUAUUGACCGCGCCACUAACCAGAGCAAAUGUUUCGGUUUCGUGUCGUUCGACAACCCCACAUCGGCGCAGGCCGCCAUCGCGGCGAUGAACGGCUUCCAGAUCGGCAUGAAGCGACUCAAGGUCCAGCUCAAGCGGCCCAAGGACGCCAACCGGCCUUACUAACCUUAGACGCCGUCCCUGCGCGCUCACGUCGUCAUCGUGCCUGGCCGCGCGAGCCCCGCGGCCUCGUCCGCGCCCGCGCCCGCGCCCGCAGCGCGCAUCAUCGUGUAUUAUCAACAAUUCCAAGGAAUUUAUUAAUACAUCUUUAUUGUAUAGUAAAUAUCAUUACCUACAUACUUACCUAAAGAUUAUGCGAGCCCACUCGGCGAGUAUACUAAAUUAGUUAAAAGUAAUUUAUUAAAUCAGCGCGUAGGAAUGCUUCAUUCUUAUCAUUAUCGAUUAAUCAUUAAAUUACUCUAUUAUAUUAUUAUUAUAUAUACAAUUUAUUAACUUUGAUUAAAUUAUUAUUAUUAUAAAAUGACGUUAUAAAAAUUUUGUCAUUCGUAAUCAUACUUCUACUUCUAAGUACUUAACGUUUAACUGAAACUUUUAACAUAAAUUUAUUAUACUAGUUAUUUGCUUGAACUAAGCCAAACUGAAUUUAUUAAGUAAGUUGAAAAUGUAAGAAAAAAGUGUAUUUUAAUUAUUGUAUAUUGCAACAAGACGUAGAGCCGGGACGAGCGCCCUGGCCCUCCGGCCGGGCUCGGCUCCGGCCUCGCCCGGCCCCGGCCCGGCCGCGGCGCCCGUCCCGGACCAUUCGCGGACACUGUUGUCUCCCUCCGCCGAACUGAUCGCAUUAAUCUAAGUGCUCGGUAUAGAUCACUAUUGGAGUAUAUAUAUCCUAUAUUUUGUUAAAUUUUAUUAUGUGUGUGUCUGAUAAGCUAAUACGCUGGGGUACCACACGGCAGUCCUAUUGUGUAUCAUAACCGGUCCCACUCCAAUGGUCUGUAUGUCGGUGCCGCAGCGCAGCGCGCGGCCCGAGCGAACCGCCGGCUCCGGGCGCCCGGCGCCGACGGUCGUUACGCGGUGACUCGUAUCGGCGCGACGCAACUCUGUCCAUGGUACGCCCAGCUCCUCACAAACUACUUGUUAGUGAACGUAAACUAAUGGCGAUGUUGUUGACAAAAAUUAAAUGUUUGUAUUUAACGCUGUGUACAAAUCAAAGUGCACUUCAACAUGAGACCGAAUACUUAGGCCUUCGUUUCAAAAGAUCGUGUUAUUAUGUGUUGUAAAUUCCAAAUGGGCUGUGAUAUAAAAAGUAUAAUCAACAUAAUGGACUGUACUCACGCCGUUCGUGUCUGUAUGUGACGCGUCCCGCCGCCGCCCGCCGCCGGCGCGGCCCGCAGCCCGCAGGCCCGCAGGCCGGCGCGGGCGCGCGGCACGCACGCGAUGUCAAUUCUCAACGAGCGUGCUUCCCCGUCUUUAUUUCGUGUGUGUCUAUACAAAUAUAUACAUAAUACUAUUCGUGUUAAGGUGUUAAAUACAAUAAAUGUGAGGACCGCGUCCGGGAGCCAACAGUGGGAGGUGCGCGAGCUAACAGGUUACAAAACUAGUGUAAUUUCUACAGACAAAAAUAGAUUCAUAAUCAAAAAGGUACCAAUAUAAAUAUUAUAAUGAUACUGAGAUACCUUAGAUUAUAUUGUGUGCGCGCGGGCGGACUAAGUGCCGGUGUGGCGGCACAGCGCCGGCGCGGCCGAGAGCCGAGCGGCCGCGCGCGGAUCGGUCCGGCGUC